AUGUCCUCCCCGGCGCCAUUACAGAAACCCCUACUUGGGUCCGCUCCCGUAGCAUGCGCGGCAUGUCGGCGGCUGAAGAUGAGGUGCGUGGGAGCUGAGAACCCACCAUGCGCCAGAUGUCUCAGAACCGGCAGGAGAUGCGUGGUGAGUCCAUCGAGAAGAGGCCAAACGCAGGCCAAUUCACUGCGCAAGAGGCUGCCGCCCGUAUCAUCCUCGGUCGGCGAGGUUCCAGACAUCCAGACCGCCACAGGUUCUUAUGGAAGUAUUUCGAUGACGUCUCCAUGGCUGGCUCCACCGGAGCUGCCCAGGCUUCCGAGUCGCCCGAGUCCUACUCAUAGGUCGGAUGCACAUGAUUCUCCUGCUAGCAUUUCCCGAACGGAAGAUGUUUCUACCCCGAGCCUUCCAUCAGUAUAUUCAUUAUCUCCUCUUGAUGUUCUAGGCUCUGUGGCAGCACAGGAUGUACUUUCUGGCUCCCAGCAUCAACAUCAGCAGGAGCCAAGGGAUCAUCGGGUUGGGAAUUCUAGGUCUGCCGAAAUCCCAGAGAAUGUUUUGGUCGAGUAUAUUGAGUUCUUCCGGGAAAAGAUCUUGUACUGUGUACCUGUCAUCGACGAUGCAGACCUCAGAGAUGAGCGCUAUGUCAUUAUGUAUAAGCGACCCCUGGCUUAUUGUGCAAGUUUUGUUGCUUCCCAAUUCAUUCCUGGAAGUGCAAAUGUACGACGACAGCUUCUCGCCCACAUUUCAGAGUUCAUCGAAACCAUUAGCGGCCCUUUGACGCACAAUGAAGACGCAAUCUGGACGCAACUGCAGGCUCUAGCCGUUCUCUACGCAUACCGCCCAGCUGGAGACGUGUUUCCACUCCCUGGAGCGCCUGAAAACCCCAGCUUCCUCGAUCACUGGACCCUGAAAUAUUCUAUCGAGGCUUUCGCCUUAAGGGCGGGACUACACCGCUCGAUCGAUAGAGUCAGGGUUUUACUACGGAGUGAUUCGUCAGAUAUAUCAAAGUCAUCGGCCUUUUCUAUGUACGUGUACUGGCUGUGGCUUGUGACAAUGUCCCAUCACUUCUCCCUGAUGACUCGGACACCUCCGACCCUGCGGGAGGACAGUACCAUCACUCUAGCGGUUGAUUUGUUAAGAGACAUACCGCGACCAUCGCGAGUGACUCGUGUUCUUGCCGAAAUUGACCUGUAUACUCUCUGGCAACAAGCUGGCCGAAGCGCUCCCGGUCUUGCUGAGUGGUGGUGUACAUCUUCAGACUCAAUGAACGUCGAGGGAAUUGUUGCCGUUCUGGAAGACUUGGAAGGGGCUCUGGAAGUAUGGAGCCAAAGAUGGGGUCUUCGUGGAGAGUCCAAUGUAACCAUAACAAAUGUCGACAUAUCAAAGAACGGGGCCGUGAAUUUCCACUUCGAAAGCACUCGCUUCUGCAUCAGCUCAUUUGGCACACGGUACAUUCUGGAGAAGACCCGAUCUGCAUUCGAUCAGGAAUUCGCGUCUCGUUCCGCCCUGAGCCACUUGGCCCGAAAGUCCGUUCUGAAAUCCGUCCAGGCAGCGCAUGCUUGUUCACGAUGUCUGGUGGAUAUUUCGCCACUACGGCGGGAAAAUAUCCGCUACAUGGCUGAAUUUGGGUACGCCCUCGUCGCUUUCUGCUGCCUCUACCUCAUCCAGGCGUACGAAUUCUUCGGAGAGGCCUUGCCGAUGUCGAAAAGUUAUAUGGUUUCUGUGGAAGAAGUCGCCACUUUCAUGACAGAAAUGGCUGUUGCCAAUAAUACCGCUCCGCGAAUUUACGGUAACUUGGUUCUACGGCAGCUGAAACGGGUUCUUGAAGGACCGCCAGAUGGCUACGAGGAUUCCCAAUCUUGGACUGAGAAGGAGAACGAGGCAAUGGGAGAGCCCGCACAUCUAUCAAUGGACCAGACUGCACCAAUCUCUGAUGUUGAUCUCAUUGACGGUGGACCAUCUGGUCAUCAUCUCACCCACGACGAGGCAGGAUUGCAGUUCCUGACGAAUUCAACUUCUGCCACGAGCCCACCACUCUUCUCCAUAUUCGAACCUAGCUGGGGUCCUCUUUUGAAGUAA